UAUACUGUAUAUCCUGUCCGUCCAUGUUGACAUGAGGUUCAGAGCGAAGUUGGUCGAUAUUGGCUCAAUACAGCACUUUACGCGUAUAAUUGCAACUAUCACACGGCUCUGCAAAACUUGUGUAUUACGGAUAACACUUGAGAAAUUUUAUUUCAUUAUCUUGGAGAAGGCUUUACAUGGUGGUGCCAAAGUAUGGUGUGAACUGUUUCAAGACCAUUUCUUUGAUGAAUAUAUGUUGGAUGGACUUUCUAAAGAUAAUGAUGAGAUAUUCUUAGAAAUAAAUCCUGAUAAUCUUCUAAAAGCACUAAAAACUGGUCAAAAUGCCAAAUGGAUCAAAAUUAAAUUGACCAAAAAACAAGUUCCUUGUUUAACACUUGAAGUUGAUUUGCCUACAGUUACUGGUCUGAGUCGCACUGUAGUCCAUGAUAUACCAGUCUCAGUGUUAGCAUUACGUCAUUGGGUAGACUAUGAUGAGCCAGAUGUACCUGACUUCGAUGUGAGUAUAAAUAUGCCUGCAUUGAAGCUUCUUCGCAAUGUUGUUGACAAAAUGAAGAGUCUUAGUAAUUUUGUGAUCGUUUCUGCAAACUAUGAUGGUAAAAUGAAGUUAACAGUGGAAACAGAUGUAGCAUCUGUUUGUACUUAUUUCAGGGAUUUGACAAACCCUAAAUGGAAGGACAAAAAUAGCGAUCUGAUCCAGUCCUCUUCCAAAGAUCCUUCUGAGUUCUCUGAAGUGAGAGUUGACCUCAAGAAAUUUGCUCAAUUUCUUAAUGGUCUACAAUUAAAUCCGUCACGUGUUAUAUGUAAUUUCAGUGAAGACCAAAUGAUACACAUUUUACUUCUUCAUGAUGAUGUAACUCUCCAGUAUUUUAUGCCAGCUGUAUCAGUCUAACUUUUGACUUUUAUGGAAACUUACUUUAUGGCGUAUGUGAACAGAGAAAGAUAAACAAAGUGGAUGUAUUUUGAUUCAUCCAUUCAAAGUAAAACAAUUUUUUUUAUUAUCACAAUUUCACAUUUGUUGGAAAUGUAUGGGUUUGUUUUUGCUUUUUAUAUAAUUACCCAUCUGUUAUAAUCAGUCACUAUCAUAAAACAGAAGGUAUGAUGCUGGAAAA